AUGGUUAACUACAAGACAAUAGUUGGCUCUGUCUUAGCCCUCCCGGCCCUUGCUUCUGCCGUCCCCACCCCAGUACCCCCCCUUAGCCCCAGCAGGACCUUCACUGCUAAACAGGUUCUUAUUGGGAACUCUACCGCCAACCCCGUGGGUGAAUAUCUCCGGGCUCUUGCAAAAUACGGUGCUCAUGUUCCUGAUCCAGUCCUCGCUGCUCCCAUCUCUAAUCAGACUGGCUCUGUUAUCACCAAGCCCUCUAAAUAUGAUAUGGAAUAUGCCACUCCUGUGUUAGUUGGUAACAGUACCCUGCUUCUUGACUUUGACACUGGUUCCUCUGAACUAUGGGUCUUUAUCAAUGAAACAAAAGGCCGUGGAUCCCAUAACACAUAUGACCAUAGAACUGGCACCUUGUUCCCUAAUGCCACCUGGCAUGUCACCUAUGGAGACUACAGCUAUGCUAAAGGUAUUGUCUACUGGGACACGGUUAAUAUUGGCGGCGUUAUCGCUCCUAACCAGACUGUUGAGGCCGCUCUACAAGUUAGCGAGUCGUUCAUCCGUGACCUUAAUAACGAUGGCCUCGUUGGAUUAGCGUUUCCUAAUAUCAACAUGAUCUCCCCCGGGCCGCAAAAUACCUUCUUUGCUAACGUUAUGGAUACUCUUGCCAAACCUGUCUUUGCUGUUACCCUCAAGCACCAAGCUCCUGGCUCCUAUGACUUUGGUUUCGUCGAUAAAGACAAGUUCAAAGGCGAACUUAUAUACAAGCCCGUUCGAAAUGAGACUGGAUUUUGGACGUUUAUGAAUGAUGGAUUCUGUAUUGUGAAAUGCGGUUUAACGCCGACUGGCAGGCCAUUCAGGGGUAUUGUCGACACUGGUACUAGUCUCCUCAUCCUCGAUGAUGAUAUCGUCAUGGCCUAUUACAGAUACGUUUCCACUUCCCGUUUCUCCCCCAUGUGGGGUGGUGUGAUCUUUAACUGCAAUUCCAAACUUCCUGCCUUCAUUGUUAAGGUUGAUGACUACCUUGCUAGAGUUCCUGGUAAUCUCAUAAGGUAUGCUUCCCUUGGCGACGGCACUUGCUUCGGCGGUAUACAGUCCAAUCAUGGCCUUCCCCUUAACAUUCUCGGUGAUGUUUUCCUCAAGAGCCAAUUCGCUGUUUUCGUCGGUAAGCCAAAUCCCAUGAUUGGUUUGGCUGCUCAGGCUUAA